AUGAAGACCACUGCCGCAAUCGCCACUCUUGCCAUCUUCCCAGGUGCCGCCAUCGACAGCGUCUCCGUCGCUGCCUGCUACAGUUCUGGCGCAGACUUUGUAAACAAGAACGACGCCAUCUACCACAUUGCUAGAGCAUGUGGCGGCUACGACGGCAAGAGAGGUGCCUUCCAAGGUAAUUUCGUCCCUGGCGAGGCCAAGACCGUUUGUGUGAACAGUCCCGGCAAUCAGAAGUACGACAUGCUCGUCCAGAACCUCAACACUGGCAGUACUUUCGACCUUGCCGGCAACGAUUGCUCUCUCAGACUUGGUAUUAUUGUCAACGACUGUCUUCGUGGCGGUGAAGACACAGUCGCUGGUUGGAAGUUCCGGUAA